AUGACGCAAGACGAACUUCUAAUCUACCCACGAUCUGACCUUUUACCGGUUAAUCCUACCCACCAAUUAUGCCAUUUUGUUCCAUCAAUUAUACUGGCAAAUGUAAUGUCCCUAUCGCCCCAAAUAGACGAAAUUCGUCUCUACGUACAAGACCACGACCCCGAUAUUAUGUACCUUACUGAAACAUGGCUGAAAGAUACUGUUGAAAGCAGUGUAAUCCAUAUUAUGAACUAUACCCUUGUCAGGAAAGACAGGAUUUAUGCACAACAUGGGGCCGAGUAUGCCUGUAUAUUAAAGAAUCUAUACCGUUUACAGUUCUUCGGGAAUACGAAAGAGAUAUAUCAAUCGAGGUUCUAUGGUGCAAGUUAUGUCCCAGACGACUACCCCGCGGUUUUUCUUAUGUAG